UUCUGAACAAAAAUUUAACUUUGCUUGGAUGAAGCAAUGGGCGACGGAGAAAAAGUUUCGACAGGCCAAAGCCUUAAGAAAUGCUGUGCGUUUCAUUGGAGGGGAAAAGCGUCAAUACUGAUACCUCUUUUAACGCUGCCGAUUCUAAUCUAUGGAUUCUCUAAAAACUCAUCAGAGUUCAAGUGCAUGUAUCUGGUUAUCAAUAUGGCCUUAUUUUGGAUCACCGAAUGUAUUCCGCUUUAUUUGACUUCAGUAUUUCCAGUGAUAUUUUUGCCACUCUUCGGAAUUUUGAGCUCGGAAGUUGUUUGCAGUUUCUAUUUCACAGACACUCUGGUUAUGUUUUUGGGUGGUCUCAUAAUUGCUCUGGCCAUCGAAUAUAGCAAUUUGCAUCAACGCAUUGCUCUGGGAACUAUUCUAUUAGUCGGAUGCAGUCCAAGACGCUUACACUUUGGCUUAGUAAUGGUCACCUGCUUCAUAUCGCUAUGGAUAUCGAACUCGGCUGCCACGGCAAUGAUGUGCCCCAUAGUAAAAGCUGUACUGAAUGAAAUGGAAGGUCAAAAUAUAUUCGCCGUUUACAUGACACAAGAGGAAGAACCAGUUGAGGAGGGCGAAAAACCACAUCCUUCAAUGAUAUCGCUGGCGUUUUAUUUUGGCAUUUCAUAUGCCUCAACCAUAGGAGGAUGUGGCACACUGAUUGGCACGGGCACAAAUCUGACAUUCAAGGGUCUAUAUGAAACACGCUUUCCUAACUCCAAGGAAAAGGUGGAUUUCCCCAUUUUCAUGGCUUAUUCAAUUCCUAUUGUUGUGAUAGUCAAUGUUAUAUUGCUAUUCCUAUCUCUGCAAAUGACUCACAUGGGUCUAUUUCGAAAGAACAGCAAAAUCGGCCAGGAAGUUAAGAAAGGUACUGAAAAUCAGGGCGUAGUCAAGACUGUUGUAACGCAGCGUUAUAAAGAAUUGGGUCCUUGGACCUGCCACGAAAUUCAGGUUGCAAUCAUGUUUACUCUCAUGGUCGUUUUACUCUUUACUCGCAAACCUGGAUUUAUGACUGGCUGGGGUGAUUUCCUUAAUGCCAAAGCCAUUGGCAGCUCAGCGCCUGUGUUUCUGCCACUUGCCAUAUUAUUUGCCCUGCCCACGCAGUACACAUUUUGGAAGUAUUGUUGCGGCUCAGCUCCAUUCACUGGACGUACCAUGGAUGCUUGCAUCUCUUGGGUUUACAUACAUAAGCAUACACCAUGGGGUCUCUGUUUUUUACUCGGUGGCGGCUUUGCAAUCGCAGAGGGCAGCAAGGCUAGUGGAAUGGCCAAAAUGUUGGGUGACUCACUGUCAUUUGUUUCCUCAUUGCCCACCUUUCUGGUGGUGGGACUGACACUUAUUGUUAGUCUUUUUUGUACGGCAUUCGCUUCCAAUGUUGCCAUCUGUAACAUUCUCAUACCCAUCUUCUGUGAAAUGGCUCUCGCUAUUAAGGUGCAUCCCUUGCUCCUGACACUGCCAUCUAUGUUGGCCAUUAGCAUGGCUUACCAUCUGCCAGUCAGUACGCCUCCAAAUGCAAUUGUUUGUGGCUAUGCUAGUAUCAAGACUAAAUAUUUGGCGGUGGCUGGUAUAUUGCCAACCAUCUGGGCCCUUGUAUGUCUGUGGCUAAACGCAAUGACCUGGGGAUUGUUGAUAUACCCGGGUUGCAAGGAAUUCCCAUCCUGGGCUAAGGAGGAAUAAAAUAUAUAUCAUAAAAUAAAAUUGUUCUAAAAUUAGGGUAAUAAAUGUUUCCGAUUCUAUUUGGCCAAAACGUAA